CUGUCUGAUUUUGUCCCCAGAUCUGAUCAUGAUGAUCUUUAACGCUGCCUCCAUUACAGUCCUGCUGCUCACUCUCUCUGGUUUGGAAGCUCUUGUGAUGAAUCAGGAGAAGUCGAUAUCUGUUAAAGCUGGUCAGAACGUGAAGAUACUGUGUUCACCCAGCACUGGUGACUGGGCAUUAACAUGGUACCAACAGAAACCUGGAAAAGCACCAAAAUUUCUGCUUGUAGACAGCACUAGAGCAGAUGGACUACCGGGUCGCUUUACUUACAGUGGAUCUGGAUCUCAGGAAUAUCUGCAUAUUAAUGGUGUUCAGGCUGAAGAUGAAGCUGUUUAUUACUGCGCUUGUCAUGGCUGUGAUGGUAGUAGGACAUUUUUUGGAGGAGGCACUGAAGUAACUUUUGCUUCUACAUCUCCUCCAUCCAUGGUUCUGCUGGCUCCCUCUCAGUCUCUCCCCUCAGGUGAAAAUGCCAGGGUGGUGUGUGUGGCACAGGGUUUCCGUCCUGACAGCGCCACUCUGUCCUGGUCUGAGGAUGGAAGCACCAUAUCAGGUGCUGAGGUGCAGACGGGAGAGUCUGAGCGCCAGUCUGAUUAUAAGUUCUCUCAGAGCAGCGUGCUGAACCUCAGCCCAGAGCGCUGGAGCUCCGGACGAACCUACACGUGUCACCUGAAGCACCUGGCGCUGGCAGCACCGCUGAGCCAGAGUGUUAGUGCAAAUAAGUGCAGCUAGAGAGUCUGAGGAAUGAAUGUGCUGCACUUAUUUAUGUGGGAAAGAGCUGAUUUAGCUUCAUUUAUCAGUGCUUUGUUUUGUUUUUGCUUCCAUUUAGAGGAAAUGCUGAAGGUUUGAUGUAGAACAGA